UGUUGGUAGCAGUGUUUUUUUUUCCACUGACGUGACAUCAAAAGCUAACCUUACCUAAAGAUUGACUAGUGGUUUAUAAAGUCGCAUUUAAAUUACAAAAAACGAAAUGUCUUUAAUUGGAAUAAGGAGUUUUUUAAAAUGCGGCCAAGCGUUUAGUGAAAAUUUAAUCUUCAAUACCAGGUAUAUCGCUACUACAAGUUUACGAAGAAAUAAUGCCCCUGAAGGAAAAACAACACAACAGUCUGAAAACAGCGAGUCAAGUCCUCCACCACCUACAGGGGAACAACCACAAGUUUCUGAAGAUAUCGAAAAAUUCACCAAAGAAAUUGCACAACUUACAGAAAAAAAUAACGAACUAUUAGAUAAAUAUAAACGAGCAUUAGCUGAUGGAGAAAAUUUAAGGAACCGGUUAACAAAACAAAUUUCUGAAGCUAAAUUGUUUGGUAUACAAGGAUUUUGUAAGGAUUUGCUAGAUGUGGCAGAUGUUUUAGGCAAAGCUACUGAAACUGUACCUAAAGAAGAAAUUAGUGAAAAAAAUCCACACUUGAAGAGUUUGUAUGAAGGGCUUGUUAUGACAGAGGCUCAACUACAGUCUGUUUUUAAAAGACAUGGAUUAGAAAUUGUGAAUCCUUUAGACGAAAAGUUUAACCCUAACUACCAUGAAGCUUUAUUCCAACAGGAAGUUGCAGGUAAAGAGUCAGGAACUGUGGUAGUGGUUUCGAAAAUAGGAUAUAAAUUACAUGAUAGAGUGAUACGGCCUGCUUUAGUUGGUGUUUCAAAGUAGGCAGCUCAGUUGAGUCUCAUUUCUACCGUGGAGUUUAUAAUUUAAAACCAAAUUUUUGUUACGUUUUCUCCCUGUUUGUGAUUUUUAUUACUUCACAGAAACAAAUGUAUAUUAUUGAUAGGGUCAAAUAAAGUUGAAUUUAAUAGA